AUGACUUUGGUCAGUUCAUCCCCGGAGCCACUUAACAGUUUGACUCAUACGACCGCUGGAGCCUUGCCUAAACCAAUGGCCCAAGGAUGGGGCUCGUGCAUUCCCGAACCAAUAGAUUAUGAACACUACGUGUCGAACCGUAAAAAUUCAAUCAUCAACGACCCACACCGUGAGCUGAUCUUGUUCCCCGUCGACGACUUGCGACUCAUCCGACUGCCCAACACGCACCGAGUCUCCGAUGCAGGUGUUCCUCCAGAUGCGUUGAGACCAGACGCACUUAUCAGCAGUCCAUUAGGUCGGCAUACCAUCGCAUUUCUGGCCAAUAACGAAUGGAUCUAUGUGCAUCAGCCUUCGGCGCUUUACCGCGGACAAUGGUGGCAACUACCUCGAGACAGCACUGUCGAGACCAUUCUCGGUCCCUUGUUGAAUCACUGGUUUUCCGUGGACCAACUGGAUGCUCCAGAUCAGAAGGUGGGGUCGGAGGUGGGUGGUUGGGCUAUUUCCAACAGGGUAAGCCCCAGUCAUGCAUCCACACGUAUUACAAACACCUCCGGCUCUCGGCCCUGGACGGCGGCAGUGGUUAGCAGUCGUAGUAGACUGGAUGGGGCACAGGCUUUGGAUCUCCUGAAGACCACGACGGCUACUGACGCAUACGAAUCUGGUGGGAGACGUUUGGUACGGGGCAAGACUAAGGUGACCGCGGUUGAUCAGCCAUCUUUGUUGCGUGAUGGGGCACUGGAUGAUACUCCAACUCCUGCUGGAGAUGAGCCCACCAUCACAGACUCUGUAUUCUAUUCGGAGUGUGCACUGGCCGUUGGUACUCGUGAACUCUACUCAACCUAUUUGCGCAUUCGGGAGAGUGAUUUGGCCACUGGACGAAAAAACAGCAAUGCUGGUUCGGAAGCCAUCGUCCUAGAGCCGUACUGUUUGCGUCGGUUGCAGGCAGCCGACCUAUCAGGUCGCUUGACCACUGUCGAUCGACCCCCAACUUCGUCCCAGAAGUCAACAACGACCGCGAGUAGUCCAGCUCACACGCGUCUCCGUGAAGGUCUCCAUGUGAUUGCACCAGUGGGUUGGAGAGCUUUUUCACAUUCAACGGAUUCUGAAAACUCCACUGUAGUAUUCCUAGAUACAAUUGACGCCGUUCAUCCCAUCGGGGAUAAUUGGCUCAAACUCGAUCGUUCUUUGGUCACCCAACGGAAGCUUCGUUCGGAUCAGUCGUCCGAAGUUUUUCUCUACUUUGAAACGUCUUCGGCCGGUUCGGAAACGCGACAAACAUGGCUACGCCUUAUUCAACGAGCCCUGGCCGCCGAACGCUCUUGGCAACGGUACGGCUAUAACCGACCAUUUGACUAUUCAGCAAAAGUUCCGGCAACCAUAACAGAUCAGUUGUCCAUCCCUACUGGUGACACCGUGACGGAUCAACAAAGGUCGGUGGUUUCGUCCGAUCAGUCAUUCGAAUCGAUUUCUGUGCGCAACGCGCUUCAUCGAUACGCUCAAGAAACGGAAUUCCUCAUCAACCACCAACGUCAAAAGGACCGGUUGAAGCUAAUCACAAUCUACCCGGAAAUUAGGUUCACCUAUGACCAAUCGAUGACCGUCGCAGUCGAGCGGGCGCGUGCGAAAUCUUCCGUCUUUCCACAAAAUACAGGCAUGGGCCUCUGUGUAAUGGAUUCCCGGACCGGCCGCAGUGGAAGUUACUCAUCAAAAGACGUUACCGAGUCUGCUAGGCUUUCAAAGACUGUGGUGCCUUUUCCCGACCGAACGGCCAACUUGUGCUCGCGCCGGUUUCUGGUGACAUGCCUCAAUCUGAAAUCCAGAGUCCAAGCGGUGACUGAACAGAUUGAUUCGGGAACAGCAGCGCAGCUGGACAAUCCGGAGCCAUACUUUGUAACCAUGUUCCUUCUGAACACAGCUGACGGUCGUCGUGUAAGCGAAGACUUCUAUUGGAACCCUAACUCACAUUUGGUGGACUGGAUGAUACCUGCGGAGCAGUUUGCAACUGUCGCUUGGGCUGCUCAUGGACCUGAAUUCCAACAGCAACCUCGCAGUUCAAUUUCGGUUCCGUCUCAGAGAUUGUCACGCGCUCAUCCCCAACCUUUUGUAGUCACCCCCCUUGGCCAUUCGAUCAUGGUCCAACCAGGAGGAUUGAGUGAGUGUCGAUCGGCCAUCUUUUCCGUUCCACAAGCCAUAUCUACACCUGGUAGCAUAUACCUAGUGGUUCGUGUGGAUAAAGUAUUGAACGGACCCAUCAACGCCGCUGUGGAGAAAUACACCAAGGCGGCAGGCAGUCAGUUGAACGCUGAAGAAAGGUUGGGUACGACCGCCAUAACGGAGACCAAACAGUCUUCAGCUUUGCAUCGAUCAAUGCUCACCUACUGCCGUCAUUUAGGGCGCUAUCGGAUGCCUUUUGCUUGGGGCGCAAGAUCGCUCACUUCUCAGUCCCAUUCCAUUCCCUUGUUUCGUAUGGAUCAAGCCAAAUUAGCCGAGGCUAGUUUUAUCCAACUGAUCCAGUCAUUUGCUCGAUUCGCCGAAUGCAACUCGUUGUUCACCACUGGACUUUCGUCAAUCCCUGCGAGUAGUGCAUGGUCCACUCUGGCCAAUGGCAUUCCCACCGUCUGGGAUGAUUCGAGGCAGGAUGAGCAUGAAAUGGUUGAACGGUAUUUGAAACUGCAGACAAUCCCGAUCCGUUUGGAUGUCGUGGUUUCCGAACUGACCGAACAAUCAGCGAGCGCUGGUUCACCCUUGGGUGGCGCCACCCUGUUGACCGCAGACCUACUUCCCCUGUUGCCAAGCUGUGAUGUGAAUGGACUGAACUUUUCGCUACCCUCAUUCCAUCCACCGCUUAGGCCAAACGAAAUCAUCCGGGAAGUGGAGCACUGGUGGGAUUUCGGUAUGCCUGCCACCAGUCCUGCCGCAGUGCCGUCGGACAGCGCGAGUGGUACAAUUGUGGAGACAGACAUCAACUUAACGUCAGGCGGCACCUCUUCCUUAAGUCGUGCUACAAAACUGCCUCAUGCUUUGACCUCCGGUUCCACUCGAUCAUUCACCCGUGAAUCAUCCAACCUAUCUGUCAAUCUCCAACUUCCCUCUUCUGUGACUGGCCUCCAGCCCACACAGGACACCUCGGCAGUCACUCAGAGUAAAGCCAACUCUCUAGAUCGACCGCCCGCACGCUCAGGUGCUGAUGCCACCAAUCGACUCUCGGGACAUUAUCCUCUCGAAGUGGUCCCGUUCACCACGUUUUUGAACUCCCUGUACAUUUCUCCGAAGGUGCUAAAUCUCGCCGGAAAACAUGGAUCUUCUCGAGCUCGCAAUUUGUCCUGCUUCAUCGAGCUUCGCUCCGCGGAUGAUUUGCAACCUUCGUCCGCCCUAAAGGUAUUCUAUUCUCGACCGAGCACACGUCAACCACCAUUCGAUUCGUGGUUCAACACCGCCGUUCUCUACCACGAGCCGUCGCCACAAUUUAAUGAUACAGCCAAGGUAUCCCUUCCGCUCCAUCUAACUCCGCAGCAUCAUCUCCUUUUCCGGUUCUACCAUGUCAGUGUGGUCACUGCCGGUGGACUCAGCUCCAAAGAGCGUCCCUCGAGUAAAAAGCCCCUGGAAUCUAGUGUGGGUUUCGCAUGGCUCCCCAUACUGGGUACCGAUGGAAACCUGAACACCGGCAACUUUCAGUUACCUAUCUCGAGCGAUCUUCCACCUGGUUAUCUGAAGUUCUCUUCGUCUCCGCAGGCAAGAGGAUCCCUCCACACUUCAUCUCCUGUCGGCACCGGUUCAGACUUGGGAGUGAACUGGUUGGAGAACGGUAAACCCCUGUUCACGGUUCAAUUGGAUUGUCUCUCCUCGGUCUACACACAUGACGCCGUCUUAUCGCGUUUCUUUCGUACCUGCGGUGAACUACUUCCUCGUAUUUGGACCCUUCCGGUCGGUUCUGCUUCUGUGGCCGCUGCCACAGCUGGUUCCAAGUCCAAGGCAACCCGCGUCACCUUCCGAGAGGAUCCUUUGGAACAAACUUCGUUCCCUGUUCUCCCAGUUGAUGUUGAACGUCCCCGUCCAUUUCGACCGACUGAGACCGCCUGCGGCCUGCAUUUGUGUAACGCUGUGAAAGCCCUGCUGCUCAUCGAUCAAACCGCUCUGAUGCACUUCCUACCCGCCAUUUUGUCUCAGUUCAUGGAGAUCAUCAUGGUGAGCGCAAACACCUCUCAUCGAUGGAACAGCAGCACCUCAACGAUCGCGAACGACGGAGAUUCGGUCGAGUGGUUGAGCACAUCGAAGCACAGCGCGAACAGUCCUACCCCGAAUGACAUUCUAAAAACCACAACAGGGACUAUGGCAAUGUUACUAUCGGAAGUGAACCGCUCGUGCUCACCCAAAUCCACAGCGACCGUCCUUGGUGGAGCGCAGACUAGAGAUAUUGGCCUAAGUACGACUUCUCCGAGUGGCUUUCGACAUCACCUACUCAAGUCUUAUGUAAAGUUUUUUUUUGAUGCCGCUGCGAUCACUUCCACCAGCAUCAAGAUAUGCGAGCAAGCCAAAUCUGAUAUCGAUAAGGGUUUCCCGGCCAGUCUACCCAUUCCACUGCAUCAUGCUCUUGUUCGUUCCCUUGUCGUGACGCUGGCCGAUGUUAAUUUGGCUCAUCAUAUACUGACACAUUUCUUCACCAAUCUGUGGUUUCCUCUCGCACUCGUGAGCAAGGCGAUGGCACAAUAUUUGAUCAGUAGUCAGAAAAUUAAGUCGGACCGUUCGAACGAAUCUCGCUUCACCACCUCGUUCUCGGACGAUUUGGCAUUGCUGAUUAAACUCAUUGGAGCUCGUUUGGCGCCGUUCGAUGGGAGUCCUAUAUCUGCGACGGCCUUAUCCUGCCAGGUUUCACUAAGUGGUGAAGAUCAGCGUGACUCAUCUCUGACACGAGCUAUCUUUCGAGAUGUACCGGGCAACCGCAAUAGCUCGACAAGUCUUCCGGUGGAUGUCAAUCGCGUUACCCAACAACGACAGGCUGUCAACGUAGUUUUGCUCGGUGAGGAAACCAAGGACGUUUUGCGAACGAAUACGCUUCAGUCGACUACCACAACGGAUCAGCUGGUCGCGCAAGCUGGUCGUAUCUCAUCGCUUGGUUACGAGGUCAAUGCCUGUGCGGUGAUGGGUGUAACAGCACGUUUUAUUGGUCAUCUGUUCAACCUGAUGGAUCGUGGUUACGUGAUGAAACGGAUCCGUGAUUUGUUCAUUUUAUUAGAAGUUGGCCCUCGAAUGCCCGUGAAUGUGAUCGAUCGGCGGAACGAAUUACGCUUUCAACUGCUCAACUGUCUUUCUCAACACGAGCAUUUCGUCCAACUCAACCUUCCCACUCUCAAUCCUUACCAUGGGACAGGUCCUCCGGUUCAUGACCUUCGUCUCACCGAACGAUUUCUGCAGGAACACUUCCUUGUCGGAGCAAUCCUCUCAAGCGUCAGUUGUCUCUUGGCCGGCUGUGCUGAUACGGGCAGCUGGGCUGCUGGUGGUCCGCCCACUCAGCUACACCGACAACCGUUGUGUAUACUACGUAAUCUGUUGGCAAAGCACACACUCGAUCCGAGAUAUGCCGCUUCCAAGCAAUGCCAGGCACGCAUUGCCGCCCUGUAUCUCCCGUUGAUACCUUUGGUCCUGGAUCAUUCCGACGUGUUUGGUCCUCCGGGUGGUGGUCUCAAAGCGGCCGUAUUGGCUGCGGCCGCUCGUGGUGAAUUCCGGGAUCAAGAGACUACGAACUCUGUCGCUGCGUCUGAGCGAAGUCGCCGGAAAGGUGUGGCGAAUCCCAGUUCACAUCCAUCUGGUAGGGUAUCUACCGGUCAGAAUCAAUCAAGGCCACGCAGUAUCGUCAGCGACCUCUCCUUGGAGACGUUGGCAGCCGGGAAGAGUUUGCACUCACUGUCCAGCGGUGAAUCCGCCUCCAUAUCGGAUGGCAGUGGAGGUGGAUCAAUUUUCGAUGGAUCUGUGGCUUUGAGCGCCGGAAGUUCGUCGUCUGCCGCCUAUCUGACGAAAGAUGAUAAAGUUGCUCCGCAUAUUCUUGAUCGGAUCGCUGGCAUGCCUUUGCGGAACGCACAAUGGCGUCGAACACGUGACGACUCCAGCAGCACAACCAACGCCCAACCAUCCGAUGGUGACUCUGUAGGUCGUCUGCAAAACAGUCACACAGCCUCCAGCCACACCGGUAGCACUCUGACUCUCACCGGCCUGGAUAUGGUCAACGGCGGAGGUUCUGCCGGUGACCCAGUCGCAGAUGACGAAGUUAGUGUCAGUCAAAUUGCCCCUGUUCGAUCUCGGCCGAAUAAACUUGAGUUUGAUACGAGCAUUCGUAUGGCGGAUGAGUUUCAUGAAACUAACAAUCGAUCGUUUUCCUGGCACCUCGUCUUCCAAGGUCCGGAUCAGGCGUGGAGCAACCAAGUGCUGGCCCUCGUGGGUGUCCUUGCCAACGGUCCUCAGAAUCGUCCCUCUCCUCCGGCACUAACUUCGGAAAGCUGGAUUCAGUCAAAUGGACGUUCCUUAAAUGGAGAUAUGAACCAAUUGACUUCCACCCACACGGCCCCUGCCCAAAACCAACCGCAUCAGCAUCGCUGCCCGACAGGUGUUUCGGGCGCCACAUCUAUCGGCCCACGACGUCUGACCGACAAGUGCCAGCGCGAGCUCUUUGUCUGUGUCCUUCAUAUCCUUUCCGUUGUGACCGAGGACCAGCUGAUCUCACUCUAUCGGAACUUUACGUCACAAGAGCGUAUCCACUUUCUUACCAUUCUCAACUACUCCGUGCAACAUUUGCGAUACCGCGGCAAAAAGUGCAUUCUGAAUUAUGAACACAUAAGUCGGAGUGCUGUUGGUCGUUCAAAUAUAUCUGGGUCUUUGAAGCGGUCCGUUGCGCGUUCGGUUGUGGAACCCCGAAACGCGUCUGUUGGCCCCACCUCGGGUCUCAUGGAUCCGGACAGUUGGGAAUCGGAAAGCACUGACUUCAAAGUUCUCCUGGAGGCCAAUCUGGCGACGGAAGCGGGGCUGAUUGUCUUGGACCUGCUGCACACGUUCAACAUUGUGUUUCGGCAAGAACUGGAAACAUGCAAGCCCAACAAUCCCAUUUUUAAAGGAAUUCUGGAGGUAUACAUUUCUCUACUGAUGCAUACACCGUCCGAUCAUCUGAUUCGUCACACAUUCGCCGCCUUGAGGAUGUUCGUAGGUCGGUUCGCAAAGGUCCUGUUUUCCGAAUCCACUGAAAUCCUCAAUGCACUCUGUGUGGCUGGAUUACGUUGCGCUAACCAAAAUCUGCCCCAGCCAGUUAGCUCCAACAGUACCUGUUUUACCGAAGCAUCGUCGACGGAAGACAUGGUAACCCGAACCGCCAAUGUGACAUGCCAGAUCCGGAUAGAGGCUUGCAGUUUCUUGUACAAACUCUGGAAAACGAGCUUUGAGACCUACGGAACCUCGGGCUUUCAUCGGGUACACCUCCAGUCCAUCAUCUCUGUAUCGAAGCUGGUCAGCGAAAUCCAACCCGGCUUCGAUGCAAGUUUGAGCCUCCUUCACAGCUUGGUGGAUACGGAUAUGACACGUAGUCCUCUAGGGCGAGAGGACACAAAAUUCUGGACCAUGAGCAAUACGCGUACUCUCUUCUUGGAUGAGGUGAAUGAUUUGCUCCGUCGAAUUCGAACGGUUCUCACGGCGACUUCGGAGAUGCGUCGACACAGUGAUGAUCCCGAGCAGCUGGUCGAUUUGCACUAUUGCCUGGCGAAGUCAUAUAGCAGCAAUCCAGCCCUCCGGCGCACCUGGUUGGAAGAGUUGGCGAAACUCCACAUGAAAACGCAUAGCUUGGCAGAACUGGCCAUGACGAAACUGCACAUAGCGGCACUGAUGGUUGAAUAUCUUCGCAGACGAGGCGAUUACCCGCAAGGAUGUGAAGCCUUUGAAGUAAUCUCUUCAAACAUUUCACAUGAAGAAAACGGUCUUCGAACUGACUCUGCUAUGCUGGAAAUCCCGUACACUCAGGAGGAUCUGCUUGUCGACAUCAACGAGGCUGCUGCCACUCUUGACAAGGCGGGUCUGUUCGAAGCAAUUCGACCCAUCUACUCCCUCGUGUUGCCCGUUUAUGAAGCACGCAAGGACUACGUCGCAUUGUCGCAAAUUUUUCACCAUAUCGGGGAUGCUUACCACCGUAUUGGCAAUGCGGAGUCCAAUGGGCACAGAUUGUUUGCGACCUACUUCAGAGUAACAUUCUACGGUCACCUGUUCGAGUCGUUGUGCGGAAAAUCCUUUGUGUACCGUGCAAACGCUUGUCAAAAGUUGGAUGGCAUAUGCAGCGAUUUGCUCAAACUGUUCCGCAACAAACUGGGUAGCAGUGCCGUCGAUCUACUGACAGACCAUACGUUCAAUCGAGAUGCGUUAGAUAUGAACAAGGGUUACAUUCAGAUAACCUACGUAGAACCGUACAAGCCGAAAACAGACUCCAGUAAUCGUCCACUCAGUGCUUACGCGAAACACCAUGACGUUCGACAGUUCAUGUUCGAAACUCCGUUUGUUCUCAAGCCAGGUUUGUCAGCGACGGAGAGCUUACAAAUUGAUGGUCCAAAGAGGAGUGAGGAUCUGACGCUACAAUGGAAACGUCGGACCAUACUCACAACUGAGGCCUCUUUCCCCCAUAUCCGACUUCGUCUCGAAGUAGUUGAAAUGUCUGAGACAGACUUAUCACCGAUCGAUGGCGCGAUCGACGCGAUUUUCAGUAAAAAUCAAGAACUACUGAGUCACGUCACCACGAUUUCGACACCCUCCGCGCAAGUUCUCGAUAACGCUGGCGACGGAUGUGCAGAGCGGGUCACCGUAACCUCUAUUGGCAUCAAGUCCCCUGUGCAAGGAAGCCUGGCUCCAACCUCUUCAGAAUUUCGAGGGAUCCCCCUACUGAUGGAUAUGCAACUCCAAGGCGCUCUGCUACCCACCGUCAAUGCUGGUCCAAUGGCCUAUGCGGAGGCGUUUUUAAAACUGGAAAACCAAUCUAACUACCCCAAAGAUAAAGUCAUUCGCUUACGAGAACUAUUUUUCGAAUUUCUCACCGUUUGUCUCGUCCUGCUUUCGCAAUAUCAACGCCUCAUGUCCCCAGUUCAUAUCGAGAAGUACAUGAUGAUGCGGCAAUCGCUGGAUCGCUAUCGCGUUGAUUUGAGCAAUUUGCUCAAGGAAGAGGUCCUUGUCGAUGAAAAACGACUCGUCAUUGGCCCCAGAUCAGCAACCGCUGAUCUGCCUCCGACUAGUCCGGGAUCGAUGUGCGUGAACGAAUGCUAAUGUGUAUUAGGACCGGUUGUAACAUUGGCUUUCGCUGUACAUCACUGUAUCAUAUGAUUAUAUUUUUCUGAUAUUUCGAACCUUUCAUCGAGCAACAGGCUUGCACAUUUGUUUCCGCCUCCUUUUUUGGCCUUUCUGUUUGUUUUUCUGUGCAUAUAAUUCAAUUCGAUUUGUUCUUUUUUUUUAAUCCUCCAUAAGUCUAUCAUCGCGAAAGCAGUAAUGACCUUGGAAUCUGGAUUCUUUUGUUCCACCCCGUGGUGGGCGUCACAUUUUGUGCUUACCGCAAUGGAAGCCAACUGCUUCCCUUUCCACCGCUUGAUUAUUUUUCCUGCCUUCAUUAGCCCUUGUUGUGUUUUUCAGAACAGAUGAAUCAGCGCAAUGCCCGC